AUGGCCGAGUCGUUGGCUGAUCUCAGCUUUAUUAGUUCUUGUAUCCAAGCUCUGGGUGCGAUACAACAUUGUGAUGGAUUCAAAAAUUGUAUUGUUAUACAUGUACAAAUAUUGGAGGAAAUGGAGAUACUCUGCAAUAUUGUUGGACCAAAAAUUCAGAAGCAGUAUGUAGUUCGAGAUCCAAUUGCAACAUGUACACGAUUGGAAAUUACUUUACGAUAUUUAGCCAAUGGUGACAGUAUGAAAUCUAUAUCGUAUGGAUUUCGAUAUAAUACUGUAUGUACGAUAAUUUCGGAAAUUUGCCAAUGUAUUUGGGACGAAUUGAAAGAAAAAGUUUUCCUUACUCCAACGACAGAAAACUGGCGAAAAAUAGCUAAAGACUUUGAGGUUCUGUGGGACUAUCCUAACUGUAUUGGAGCGCUAGAUGGCAAACACAUAGAUAUUGUUGCCCCACCAAAUAGUAGAUCGAAUUAUUAUAAUUACAAAGGAAAACACAGCAUAAAUUUAAUGGCCAUUAACGAUUCAAAAUGCUGCUUUUCGAUAGUGGAUAUUGGUGCUGAAGGUCGAUAGAGUGGUGGAGGUGUAUUUGGAAGGAGUGAAGUUGGUAUCGGUUUGGAAAAUAAUAAUAUGAAUCUACCUGAACCAACCGAAGUGGAAGUGAA